AUGAAAAUAAAAAGUUUUAUUAUAUCGGGAUUACUUCUUGCUGUGACAGCAUUAUUCACGGAAUGUUUAACGAAAGGUAGUGAACAUGAUGUUAACAGUGACAACUAUGUGAAUAAUAUUAGAUUAGAAACUGCGUAUACAGGAGAUUUCCCAAGAGUCGCAUUUGUGGAGAAAAAAGUAUUAAUCGGUUGCACUCCUGGAAGCAAGCUCCGUUUGAAAUGUCUAUCAUUUUUACUCACUUCUGUGAUACCAAAUAUGAUUGAUCAACUUUUUGGAGUUAGCAUGGAUCGCUAUAGAUUUGAUUUUCAGACGGGAACAUCUUUUUACAUUCAUAAUGAUGGUAAAAUUGACUCAUGGAAAUCUCCACAUAAACGAGCUUUAAGGGCACCAUUGGAGUCGCAAAAUGAGUGA